GAAUCAUUCAUCCUAUUUUAUCUUUCUAUUCCCCUUUAUAAAUCCAUCUAAUCUACCUGGUCUCUGUCGAGUUUUAAGAUUUUCAAGCUUCCUGAAAUUUAUUUCAAUGGGGAGGAUUGGAUUGUUCGAUCUUGAGAAGCAUUUUGCCUUCUAUGGGGCUUAUCAUAGCAACCCCAUUAAUAUUUUUUUACAUAUGUUAUUUGUUUGGCCUAUCUUAUUUUCAUCUCAUCUUCUUCUGUACUUCACACCUACCCUUUUCAAUCUCCCUCAGGUUGGAUUCGCUCCAUUGGGAUACAACGUCAACUUGGUUCUGAAUAUUGGUUUCUUUCUUACUUUGCUAUAUGCCUCGUUCUAUAUUGUUUUCGAUGAGAAAGCUGGUUUUUUGGCUGCCCUACUCUGCUUCUUCUGUUGGGUAUCUGGCAGUUAUCUUGCAGCUCUGCUUGGCUUUUCUCUGGCCUGGAAGGUAGGUCUGGCCGCACAGUUGUUUUGUUGGUCUGGACAGUUUAUAGGCCAUGGAGUCUUUGAGAAACGAGCACCAGCUCUUUUGGACAACCUCCUUCAAGCCUUUCUAAUGGCCCCUUUCUUUGUUCUACUGGAGGCUCUUCAAAUGUUAUGUGGUUAUGAACCAUAUCCUGGUUUUCAUGCAAAUGUGCGAGCAAAAGUAGAUGCUCAAAUCAAAGAAUGGAAAUCCAAGAAUCAGAAGAAAAUUUCUUAGUUUGUAAAUGGGAAAUAUGCAGUCAAUACAAGUUAUACUGGUUGUUGAAGAACAUUCAUGGAGCCCAUUCCAUGAUUUAACUAUAGUUUCUGUGUGUAUGGAAAUGUACCAUAUAAAAGAAAUAUACACUUGUAAAAUUUUUAGAGUUAAAAUGCUUGCGACUGCUUCAAGAACU